UCAUCGUCAUCAUCAUGGGUUCACAGCUACAUCUUCUGCUGCAUCCUGUUCUUGUUCUUGUUUGGAUUCUUUGUGGUGCAGCAGAUGCAGUAACUCAACCAAACUCAAAUUGCACAAAGCGCUGUGGCUCCCUCGAAAUUCCGUUCCCAUUUGGCACCGACGAGAGCUGUUCCCUCGACAGCUCCUUCCUCAUCUCUUGCAACCACACUUCAACCCCAUACCUGACUCACAACAACUCAACCGUGCUGAGCAUCUCGCCCGACGGCGAAAUGCGCGUCUCAGCAGCAGUAGCUAGAGGCUGCUACGAAGUCAACGGCACGCGAAUCAACGAAACCAGUUACGAUAAGAUCUUCAACUUGACACACUUCAGCUUCUCAUCGAGUAAAAACAAGCUCACAGUGGUUGGUUGCAACACAAUUGGAGAAGUAGUAGGGUAUAAUGUUAUAGAGAGAAGAAACUAUGCCACUGGGUGCUUUUCAGUGUGCCUCAGUGUUAAUGAAACAACUAGCGGGAUCUGCACCGGCGCCGGUUGUUGCCAGAGCCCAAUACCGGCGAGUGGCCUAUCGGAUAUCGGUAUUGGAUCUUAUAGUAGUGGUGCUGACAGCUACAACGCCGUUUUUGGCAACAUCAACCCCUGCGGCUACGCGUUUGUGGCGGAGGAUGGAGUCUACAAUUUCUCCUCCGCAGACCUUGUCAACUUCCGCCACCAAAGUUUUCCCGUUGUAGUGGAUUGGGCUGUGGGGAAUCAGACUUGUGAAGAAGCUCAAAAGAACACUUCAAGCUAUGCAUGUAGGGCUGAUAAAAGUGAAUGUUACAAUUCAACCAAGGGACUUGGUUAUGUUUGCAAAUGCUCCACUGGUUUUGGGGGAAAUCCUUAUCUCGUUGGUGGUUGCCAAGACGUUGAUGAAUGCAUGAACAAGGAAUGGAACGAUUGCUAUAGUAGAGCAAUAUGCAAGAACGUAGCUGGUAACUAUACCUGUUCGUGUCCAAAAGGAUACCAUGGAGAUGGGAGAGAAAAUGGAACAAAGUGCCGUCGUCAGUCCAGGACACAAUUCAUUUUAAUCAUUGCAUUGGGCGUUAGUGUUGGUGUUAUAGCACUACUUGUGACAAGCUUCUAUGUGUAUUGGAGAAUGAAGGAAAAGAGGUUAAAUAAACUUAAGGAACAGUUCUUUCAACAAAAUGGUGGCUUCAUCCUACUACAAAAGAUUUCAAGACAUAGAGGGUCAAAAGAAACAGCUAAACUCUUCACCGUGGAAGAAUUAAAGACAGCCACCAACAACUUUGACGAAAGCAAGAUCUUAGGCAAAGGGGGUCAAGGAACAGUUUAUAAAGGAUUACUAUCAGACAAUAGAACCGUAGCAAUUAAAAGAUCCAAAAUCAGUGGCUCAACCCAAAUUGAACAAUUCAUCAAUGAAGUUGUGUUGCUUUCCCAAAUCAACCAUAGAAACGUGGUUAGACUCUUAGGUUGUUGCUUAGAGACAGAAGUUCCCUUACUUGUUUAUGAGUUCAUUCCUAAUGGUACCAUUUUUGAGCAUCUUCAUGGUCAUAACAUUAACAAUCCACAAUCUUUGAAGCUUUCUUGGAAAACAAGAUUGAGAAUAGCAAUAGAAACUGCUGGGGCCUUAGCAUACUUGCAUUCUGCUAUUUCUAUACCAAUCAUACACAGAGACAUCAAAACUACUAAUAUUCUACUUGAUGCUAAUCUCACGGCAAAGAUUUCUGAUUUUGGAGCUUCAAAGAUUGUUCCUCUAGAUCAAACUGAAUUAACCACUUUGGUGCAGGGGACACUAGGGUAUCUUGACCCUGAAUACAUGCACACUAGCCAGUUAACUGAGAAAAGUGAUGUGUAUAGUUUUGGAGUCGUCUUAGCAGAGCUGCUCACGGGAAAGAAGGCGCUCUCUUUCGCCGUGUCGCCGGAGGUUAGAAACCUUGCCGUAUACUUUGUUUCUUCAAUGGAAGAAGGAUGUUUAGUUCAGAUUGUGGAUGAACACAUUAUAAAUGAGGCAAACUUGAGGAUCUUGUGGAAUUUGCCAAUGUUGCUAAACAGUGUUUGAGAGUUAAGAGGGAAGAAAGGCCUAGCAUGAAAGAAGUUGCAAUGCAACUUGAGGGGCUUAGAGGAGUAGUUGGAGAGAAACACCGAUUGGAAGAAACUAAAAGCUCGUUGAAAGC